UGGGUCUCUCCCCACCCAGGAAGGGGCGGGCUGGGCUGGGCGGUGGCUCCGGGCGACAGGGGAGAGUCGCGGCCGAGAGAGCAGGCAGCGCAGCGCCGAGCACCCUCCAACGAGCCCAGAAAUGGCUGCACCGCCACCUCCGUCGGCCCCCAACUUCCCAGUGGCCCCUCCGCCUUCCUACGAAGAAAUCAGCAACGCCGCCCCCUACCCUGUCCCAUACGCUCCCCAUGCACCGUUUGGGGAGGGACCCCCACCCAAAGAGGGGCAAGCCCCGCCUUACCCGGCACAGCCGUAUCCUGCGCACCCAGUGACCGUGGCCCCUCCUCCAGUGGCCGUCCAGGCGGUUUACAUCCAGAGCCCGCUGACCUUCCAAGACCGCCCCGUCCAGAUGUGCUGUCCGUCGUGCAGCAAAGUGAUCGUGACGCGCCUGACGCACUCAGCGGGGGCCCUGACCUGGCUGUCUUGCGGGAGUCUCUGCCUGCUGGGGUGCUGGGCUGGCUGCUGCUUCAUCCCCUUCUGCGUGGACGCCCUUCUUGACGUGGACCACUAUUGCCCCAGCUGCAACACCCUCCUCGGCACCUACAAGCGGCUCUGAGUGGCAGCAGGAUUUGUGCCGAAGGGGGGAAGUUGGGUCGUCUCUGCAAGCGUUUCUCCGGCGCUUUUGAUGCUCUGCAUUUUUGCCUUUUACAAAUAUCGGUUCAGCAAGAUGAGGCCUUUUUCUCUCCCUCUUCUCUGCCUCCAAAUUUCUGCUGCGAAAGGAACGCGCAGCGGCCAUUUUCUCCAGGGAAACUGAUCUCUGUAGCUUGGAGAUCAGUUGCGAUCCCAGGAGAUCUCCGUGAGGGAAGGAGUCAGGUGCAUUAAGCGUAUUGUCUUAAGAUGGGUUAUUGUGGGGGGUGAACCAACUGUGCGUGCUGCGCGAGGCUCCUUUUUUUUUACUUGGAGGCCUUUCUUGUUAUGCCUUAUUGUUUACUACUUUCCUUGAGCACUGAAAUCUCUCUUAAAAUGCUGGUUUUCAGACUCUUUUGAACAGGUGUUCCAUUCAAGUUGCACUGUGCCACAAAAACAAAAAAUUCUGGCCUCCUUUAUAUUCAGAGCUUUAAGUGUCGUACAGAGGAUAUUCCAAGUUUUUUGAUAUUAUGCCGCGAAGGAAAUCUGUGGAUAUCAGAAUAUUUUUUGCUUCUUGAAUUCCUCAAGAGGGUCGGAUUCCUUCUGUUCUCCGAACUGAUUUGGCAGGUUCUGAUGGGGAAAUUUUGCAUCCGUGGGGCUAGAAUAUCGGGUGGGUCAUAACUGAUAUGAAUGUAUUGAAUGGAUCAUAACUGAUAUGAGUGUAUUGAGGCCAGAUUCCCAUUUUGGGAUGGACGUUUUCUGCAGCAGCCCAGUGGGUCCUUGCUGUGCUCCCUUCUCCUAUGGAACAAUCUGGAUGAACUUGGGGGAUGUUGAGUGUAAGGAAGAGCGGAGUGCUACGUCACCGUAUGCGUUCUGGCAUCUGAAACAUUUUGUCAGUUCUCCCCCUGCGUUUUGUGAGCUUGCAUCUCAGAGCAAAUGCGAUUCAGAACACAAUAUCCUGUGGGAAGAGUAAUGGUUUGCUGCUGGAGCCAAAACUUGUAUUUUUUUAUGUGAAUUUGACCACUGUUUUGUUGUCCUGUGAAUCUUUUAAAUAAAAUUUGGAAGUUACUGUUGCA